ACGCGGUCUACCCUACGUGCAAGCGCCGCCACAUCUUGUGUUCCUGUUGUUAUUUUCUGUUUGUUAGUUGUGUUAAAAUAGAUUUUGCUUCUGUUUACGUGAGUGUUUGUUCGGUUUCCUUGGACUUUGUCGAUGUGACCCUCAACACGUGAGAAUCUGGUGUUUUAUUAGGAAUUGUUAGAUGUACACCUUCCAAAUGGACUUAAGAUAUGCCUCAAUGUGCAGUAGUGGGUUGUAACAGUACUCACAGAAAGACAAAAGGUGGUUCGAUUCGGUACCAUCGGUUCCCGGGUGAUUCGAAAACGCGCGCUAGCUGGAUCCAAGCUUGCGGCAAACAUUUAAAUAAUUGUGCAACUGCUCGAAUUUGUUCCCGCCAUUUUGACGACGAGAGUUACGAACGAGACGUCCAGCACGAGAUCCUAGGGUUGCCCAGCAGGUGCCGGUUGAAGAAGGGAGCAGUUCCAGUUAAGAAUUUACCAACAGAUUUUUUGAAAGAAGAAGAAGUCGAGGAGAGUGCUAUUGCUGUUUUGUUGGCGGUAGGGCUAGUUCCAGCUGUGCAGCCUGAGAAAAUUUCCGGAGGUCUUCCCGAAGACUUGAACAAAAUGCAGAUUAUGGAAAGUGUGGUCGAAGGUUGCAAUGUGCAACCUUCAUCGCCCGGCCAUGCAGAAGAGAGAGAUCAAGAAGUCAUCAACAAAAACGACUCAAGCCUAGACGAACCAGAUAAGAAACCCCGAAGUGAUAACGAAAAUGAAAGUCAACAAAUCAAAGAAGAUUUCCAAGAUAAAAACAAAUUAGAAACUGUUUCUAACGGUGUCAAAGAUGAACCCGAUUCCAGCGAAAUUCAAGAUGAUAACUAUAGUAAUAACAGCUCGCCAAAUGCAGAAAACAAUAAACGGAAAUCUGAAACUGAAGAAUAUCCUGUAAAAAGACUGAGAGCUGAAAUCCAAGAUAACUUCCAAUCUAGAGAUAAAAUCCUAAACGACUUCAUCGAUAUGGCUGAUUGCAGCAAUCUGGACCAGAUCAAAUCAUUCAGUGAUCAACUACUAGCGGAAAUCAAAACACUAAACGAAUUUGCUAAAGAGAAGGAAAGAGAAUGGAACAACAUAAUCCAUUUGAAGAAACUUAAAGAAGAGCUUCUUCUUAGAAUGCAAAGAAAAAAACAAGUUUUGAUAAUCAACGAGAAAACUGACUACAGCGAAAUGUUAAGCGAAUCUCAAAAUGGCAGUAUUGAGGAGACGAUAAGGAACAAUUUGCCUCAAAGUAUUUUAAAAUCUAAUUUAACAGGCACCAGCAAACCAUACAUGCCUUCUUCUGGAGCUAACGGAAAUAUCAUCAGACAAAAAUCUCUUCUAACAAAACCACCACAGAACAAUCUGGAUCUCAAUGGUGCCAUUGACAAGCAAGGGAAAAGGCUUACUUUAGAUGUUCAGUCCAUUAUUGCUGAUUACAGACAGAGACAUCCAGAAACGGUUCCACGAAGGGGGAGGAGGAUCAGACAUGGCGAAGGGGGUAAAUUUGGAAACAGUAUUAUAAAUUUUUCGUCGAUGGCGUUGGGCAGUGGAUCUCAAGUGAGACAAGGAGAUGUUAGCAGUGACCUUGGACUUCUGUUGAAUAGUAUCAAUAUGAGUAAACAAGAAGCUCUUAGUAAACUACAAAAUGCAGACUCAACUGGUACUAAUCCUCAAGAUACGGUCUCCUUCAAGGAUAUGUUACUACAAUUUGCCAAAUUAUCUCAGACUGAGCGGAACGAACUGAUCCAAAAUGCCAUCAAGCCACCUCCACCAUAUCCCGAAGUGACAGUUCAUCCUGUACCAACUUCAACACCACCUCCUACAAAUUCCCUAUUGCACGGUAUUCUAACGAAGUCUCCUACAAAACAAAACACCAAAACAUCAUUUAGUCCUACACUGGCACGUCUUUUGACAGCUCCAGAGAGAAGUGCGAUGAGUAACCAGUCUAUUGCUUCAUCUACACCAAUGUCGAGUAAUGCUGCGCAUCCUUCCAAUAUGUCGAUUUCAGAAAUAUUGUCGACGAGUAAAGCUUGCAAUGAAAUUACUAUUACUCCGGUUGAUGCAGAGUACAACGUCACUCCAACAAAAGCAAAGAGCAUGGAUGAAGAAGAAACUGAGGAUAGUGCCGACAGACUGGUAAUAGACGAAAACAACGACACAGAGGGUAAGAAACAAGCCAAUUCGGACAAUAAUUCUGAUGGAGGUGACGAAGUGCCAUUUUGUCAAGGAUGCAAUCAAAAAGCAGCUCAGUUUGUCUGUGCCGGAUGUGGAAAUCAAUGGUAUUGCAGCAGAGAUUGUCAGGUGUCGGCUUGGGAUGAACAUUCGGAAGUGUGCUCUGGUUAAUGCUUCCACUAUAUUCAAGUUCUUCCAUUACAUUCAUCGGUUUAAGCAGUAGCAAUCCGUAUUUAUUUUAAUACAAGCCAUCAUAUUUAUUACCAUAUUUUUGUACUUUAAUACAUAGCCAUGUGUAAGUACAAAUACCACAUCAAUCUAUAUUUCUAAAGAGAAUAGGAAUCAAAACAAGAAGAGCAAAAUAUUAAAAUAUUUCUUUUAUAAAGAAAACCACUACCUAUAUAUAAUUUUAGACAAUAUGUAUUCUUUCUAACGGUCAUCAAACAGUUUAUAGUACUAGAUAGAUCGAUCCGUAAGUGAGAGUAAAUCAAAAAGAAACAAAAGCAUACAAACUAUGGGUGCAUAAAAGAGCAAUCUUCAAAAACACUUUAAAUCAAAAAUAAAUGUUCAAAUGUUAAGAGUAAGAAGAUAGUUGACUAACCAAUCUGGCCAAAGUACACCCACUGAUGUACUGAGAAAAAUAGCAUACCUACCUACAAGAACAGUAGAUCAUUUGAGAAGUGAUUAGAAGAAAGGUUAUGUUUUGAGAGAUUGGAACAAAUUGGCAUCAACACAACGCACAACGAUUAGAUGUUAGAUGAGUCAUACCCCCAAAAUAUUCUUAAAUAUUCAUAACAGACUGUAUCGAAGACUGGACCAAGAUAUCAGCGAGACACAAUUUUGCUUCAAGAAUGCCGUUGGAACAAGAGAAGCCUUAUUUUUCAUAAAUGUGUUGGUCCAAAGGUGUAUGGAUAUAAAUCAGCCACGGUAUGUCUGCUUUUUAGACUACAACAAAGCAUUCGAUAAAAUCAGACACAACUGCCUCAUACAACUACUCCAAUAAAAGAAUUUGGAUACGAAAGACAUUAGAAUUUUUGUCGAACUUUGAAAAUGAAAUCGAAAUAAGGAGAGACGUUAGACAAGGAGUCAUAUUAUCACCCAUCCUAUUUGAUAUUUAUUCUGAAAAAAUUAUUCAAGAAGCGCUAGAUGGCAGACAAUACUGAUAGCAGAAUGUCUCGACGAUCUACAGCAACUAGUAAAUCGAAUUGUGGAAAAUAGUGACGAAAGAGGUCUAAUUCUGAAUAGGAAAAAACUCAAUUUAUAGUUAUCACUUAAUCACAACAAAGACAGGCAGCCUAAUGAUCCACGAAGAACAAAUAAAACAAGUCCAAAAAUGCAAAUAUUUAGGUCCAAUAAUAACGAUAACAACGACUUUACUGAAGAAAUCAAAUCAAGAACUGGACAAGGAAGACAUGCAUUAGACAAGAAUUACAUUUUUGGGAUAUUACAUGUUCUCUGUACUGCUGUAGCAUGGACGGAUGCUUAGAAUAAGUUGGGUGGACAGAGUUGCAUAGGACGUAGUCUUGGAAAAAAUGAGAAAAGAAAAGGAAAAGGAAGUGUACUGUCAAAACUAGAAAGUUGCAAUAUUGUGCCAUGUUAUGAACAGAAAACACAAACACAACUUAGACUAUUAAUAACGAAUAAGAGAUAAUACAUCAUUAAGAAAUCAAAUAUUUCUCGAAUAUAGAAAUACAUAAUACAUUUACCCAUAUAAUAAUUUCAAUAUCUCCUAUUAUUCUUCAAGUGUCAUCUCCGCGACGGAGGUCGGCAAUCAUCAUAACGAUUCGGACUUUAGACACGGCUGCUCUGAAAAGUGCAUUUGAUGUACAUCCGUACCAUUCUCUCAAGUUGCACAGCCAUGAUAUUGGACGUCUGUUAGGGCAAGUUGUACGUUAUUUCCAGUGGAAAUCGUACAUACUAUGCUAAUAAAAGAUUGAUGACAUCGAAAUAAUUAGAAAAAAGAACCAAAAUUACUAUCUACAGAACCUUUAUUAGACCCGUAGUAACCAAUGGUUGUGAUACCUGGGUAAUGAAAAAAGAUGAAGCCCAACUCAGGACAUUCGAGAGAAAGAUACUGAGAAAAGUAUAUGGCUUGGUGCAAGAGGAUGACGGCACAGGGAGAAUCAGGAGAAACGACGAGGUUAAUGAACUGAAUAAAGGAUAUGAUAUUGUAAGAUUUGUGAAAAGUCAAAGACUGUCUUGACUGGGACAUGUUCGGCGACAAGAAGAUACAAAAACGACAAAGAAGAUAUUACAGUGGAAGCCCGUAAGAAGACGAAAAAAAAGAAAGGCCCAGGACGAGAUGAUUGGAUGACGUGGAAGACCAUCUGAAAACUAUGAAUAAAAGACAAUGGAAAAGAAGGGCACAAGAGAGAUCUGAAUGGAAGGACAGGCAAAGACCCAUCCAGGGUUAUGAUGCCAAAAAAAGAAGAAGUUAAGGCAAGUUGUAUCUCUCUCCACGCUCGUGGAGACUGUAAAAUCUGCUAAGCUGACCGAAAAUAUGGUCAAAAAGAAAAGUAUAUAAUGUACAAUAGAGUAUAGUUUUAGCCACAUAUAGCAAUAAAGUAUGGUCCAUUACUGCAAAUAGUAGUGAAGCGGCAUAGAUGAACUGUUUUGCGAAGAUCCGUGAGUCCAGAACCAACAUUUAGUUAAGAUGAGUUCAGAUGUAUGAACAUGUUUAAAAAAUAUAUACAGGUCUAAAAUGGUCGACAUUUUAUGAUGACAAAGGAAGUGCUCGAAAGUAGCAAGAGAGAGAAAUUGGAGAAACAGAAAAUGCAACUCAAAGCAAUGCAGAACUUCAGAUUUUUGAGCACAUACACAAAACUAGUUUUUACAGGAUAAUGCUAUUUUACUAAUGAUAAAUCUUUGAAUACGUAUUGUCUAAAAAUCAAACCACUUUAUACAUUUUUUUUAUGUAAAGGUGUCAUAUUCCAUAUUUCUGACAUCAAUGUAAAUACUGUUGGCACAAUUUACGAAGGUCAUAGUAAAUGUGCUAUAAAACGCUAAUUACAUAUACAGUGUGAUUAAUUAGUGUUAUAAAGCUCCGUAGUUCAACUAUAGUAAUAUAUAGCAAUAAAAGUUAAUGACAAAAAUUCUAGACAACUUUGAGCUUCACACUACAAAAUUAGUUAGAAUAUUACAGGGUGUUCAACUUAUGUUUUUUUAAAUGAAAAACCAUGUAUUUUAUUUUAUAUUCGAAAUGUUCUUAACUUCUCCAUUACAAAAAAAUAAAGGUUCAAAAAAAAUUUUAUAUGAAAAUCGUAACAAGUUCAACUCCCUGUAUAAAUAAAAAUAGGUCAAAACGGCAAACAGGUGUAUGUUUUCAAAAAACUUUUGAUAGUGUGUAAAAAAUAUUUUAUUAUCAGCUAAGUACUUUCGACACAUAACGUGUCAUCAUCAGAGCUUCCUAAAAGGACAUAUUUAAGGUAAGAUUUUUUUAUAUAAAAAAUAAGUGAAAAACUUACGUCCUCUUAUAAAACCUUCAUAGAAGAGCAAUUGCUAAACGACACAAUAAAAAACAUGUAUACUGGGC